AUGUUAACUGUUUCACCAUUGAAUCAUUGUGCUAGUAAGAAGCAGAUAAUGACGCCAGAACAGAGUCCAGCGACUUCCCUCAUCGACAGGACCAUCAAGAUGAGGAAAGAGACUGAAGCCCGGAAAGUGGUCUUGGCCUGGGGACUCCUUAACGUGUCCGUUGCAGGCAUGAUAUAUACUGAGAUGAGUGGAAAACUCAUAAGCUCAUAUUACAACAUCACAUACUGGCCGCUCUGGUAUAUUGAACUCGCACUAGCCUCUCUGUUCAGCCUGAAUGCCUUAUUUGAUUUCUGGAGGUACUUCAAAUACACAGUGGCACCGACGAGCUUGGUCAUGAGUCCCGGCCAGCAGACCCUGCUGGGGCUGCAGAAUGCAGCUGUACAAACAACUCCACCGCGUGAGCUGGCAGCAAAGAAGGCCCCGUCUUCGACACCUUCUCCUCCGAUCCAGGGUCAAAGCGUGCUGAGUUACAGCCCAUCCCGCUCCCCUAGCGCCAGUCCAAAGUUUACUACCGGUUGUAUCGCAGGCUACAGCCCUCAGCUCCAGGCUCUGUCAAGCAGCAGCGCUUCUUACGGCAGUGCUGUAGCCCAUUCACCCAGCAGCAGCUACAAUAAGGUUCCCAGCUUCAGCCCCUCUCCCAGUGGAUCACCGUACUCUUCCCCCAUUCUGUAUAAUUCUCCUACCGGCAAAGAAGACUACAUGACAGACCUCAAGUCACUGGACACCUUCCUUCGAAAUGAAGAAGAGAAACAGCACAGAGUUCAGCUGGGGAGUUCAGAUUCCAGCUCUCCUUCCAGCAGCCCAACUUUUUGGAACUACAGCCGUUCCAUGGCAGACUACGCACAGAUGCUGAGAAAGUUCCAGUAUCAGCUGGCUUGCAGGUCCCAGGCUCCAUCAGCACACAAGGACGAAGCUGAUCUGAGCUCGAAACAGGCUGCGGAAGAGGUUUGGGCACGGGUGACAAUGAACCGACAGCUCCUCGAUCACAUGGAUUCCUGGACCGCUAAGUUCAGAAACUGGAUUAAUGAGACUAUUCUAGUGCCACUUGUCCAAGAGAUCGAGUCAGUGAGCACUCAGCUGAGGAGAAUGGGGUGUCCAGAGCUGCAGAUCGGAGAAGCCAGCAUCAGCAGCCUGAAGCAGGCAGCGCUCGUUAAAGCUCCGCUUAUUCCAACCCUGAACGCUAUAGUGCAGUAUUUGGAUCUUACACCGAACCAGGAGUACUUGGUCGAAAGGAUCAAAGAGCUUUCUCAGGGAGGGUGCAUGAGUUCAUUCCGGUGGAACAGAGGAGGGGAUUUCAAAGGCCGCAAGUGGGACACCGACUUGCCCACUGACUCCUCCAUCAUUAUGCACGUGUUCUGCACUUACCUUGACUCCAGGCUGCCGCCUCACCCCAAGUAUCCCGACGGCAAAACCUUCACUUCCCAACACUUCCUUCAGACACCGGAUAAACCAGACACUUCCAACGAAAACGUCUUUUGUAUCUACCAAAGCAGCAUCAACCCGCCCCACUACGAGCUGAUCUACCAGCGCCACGUCUACAACCUGCCCAAGGGCAGGAACAACAUGUUCCAUACCUUGCUUAUGUUUCUGUAUAUCAUAAAGACAAAAGAAUCCGGGAUGCUGGGGCGUGUCAACCUUGGUUUAUCGGGAGUCAACGUCCUGUGGAUUUUUGGAGAAUAA